AUGAAGUUCGAAACCCCAACGGUCGAUCGGGAGAGCUACAUCCCACUGCAGGAGAACAGGACCUCCAGAAUGUUCCCGACCAAGAAAACCUGUUUGGACCAGAAGGUGACCGUGCGUGUUGCUAUGUGGUGCUUUCUGGUCCUCCAGAUUAUCCUGUGGUUUAUCCAAAAGUUGAUUAUGAGCUACUGGUACCGAGGCUACGACUGGUAUAAAAGUUCCGAGAUUGGCUGUUACUACCAGGAUCGGGGACUGCUGCUUCUUGCCUCGCUAUUUGCGAGCCUGGGCUUUUAUCUCUGGUCGACUUACCCCUGCCGGCCCAAUUUCACUGUCGGUGGGUCGAUCAAGAUGUUCUUUCUGGGAUCGGCCUUUGUCUAUCUCCUGGUGAAUGUCGCCUCGUGGUUUGACGACAACUUUUGA